AAAGAACCCUUUAACGGCUGAAAUUAUCCGAAUUUCCUAAUUCGCCCAAAAACCCUAAACACAAGUCUUCUCCAUUUCGCCGUCUCCUCCUCCACUUCUUCUUCGAGCACCAUCAACAGACCCUAAAAUCAAUGGCGCUACUCUCCCGAAUCCGCUCAUCGGCCUCUCUCCUCCGUCACCUCAACCCCUCCCCUCAAAUCCGCUCCCUCUCCUCCGCCUCAUCGAUCCUCUCACCCGAUUCCAAAACCCCUCUCACCAGCAAGCAAAAGAGCAAAACCGCUCUCUCCCUCCUCAAAACCGAGAAAAGCCCCGAUCGCAUCCUCGAAAUCUGCCGCGCCGCGUCCCUCACCCCCGAUUGCCACCUCGAUCGCCUGGCUUUCUCCGCCGCCGUUCAAAGCCUUACGGAGAACAAACACUUCUCCGCCGUGACGAAUCUCCUCGACGGAUUCGUCGAGAAUGCCAAAACGGAGCGUUUCGCCGCUCACGCCAUCGUCCUCUACGCGCAAGCCGACAUGCUCGACCACUCUCUACGGAUCUUCAACGAUCUCGAGAGGCUCGAGAUUCAACGCACGGUGAAGUCUCUAAACGCUCUUCUGUUUGCUUGCUUGGUGGCUAAGGAUUACAAGGAAGCGAAACGCGUUUACAUUGAGUUCCCUAAGAUGUAUAAGAUCGAGCCUGAUCUCGAGACUUACGACCGUAUGAUCAAAGUCUUUUGCGAGUCCGGUUCCGCGAGCUCCUCGUACUCCAUCGUCGCGGAGAUGGAGAGGAAAGGGGUGAAGCCUACGAGUUCCACCUUUGGUCUCAUGAUUGCUGGGUUUUACAGAGAGGAUAAGAAGGAUGAUGUAGGGAAAGUGAUGGCGAUGAUGAAAGAGCGCGGCGUUAGCGUCGGUGUUUCGACUCAUAACAUUCGGAUUCAGAGUUUGUGUAAGAGGAAGAGAUCUGGAGAAGCUAAGGCUUUGCUUGAUGGGAUGUUGUCUUCAGGGAUGAAGCCGAACGCUGUUACUUAUGGGCAUUUGAUUCAUGGGUUUUGUAAUGAAGGUGAGUUUGAUGAGGCGAAGAAGUUGUUUAAGAGUAUGGUGAACAGAGGGUGUAAGCCUGAUAGUGAAUGUUACUUCACUUUGGUCUAUUACUUGUGUAAAGGUGGAGACUUUGAGACGGCUUUGACUGUUUGUAAAGAGAGUAUGGAGAAGAAUUGGGUUCCGAGUUUCGGUAUCAUGAAGUCGCUUGUUAAUGGGUUAGCUAAGGAUUCAAAGGUCGAAGAGGCGAAAGAGCUCAUUGCGCAAGUUAAAGAGAAGUUCUCUAGAAAUGUCGAGUUGUGGGAUGAAGUCGAAGCCGCAUUGCCUCAGUGAAUGAAAGAUAUUUGAGGCUUUGACCGUUCGAGAUUGGUACUUUCAAAUUUCUCUCUUUACAGGUGCCUUGAUAGCUUUACUUUUCAGCAAUGAAAUAAGAGAUAGUGUAAUCUUUUGAGCAUUUGAUCUUGGCAGCUAUAGACAACGCUGUUUUAUGCUGGCUCAUGUUUGUUUUAUUUUUUCAGAAAGAAUCAUCAACUUGGUCAGAGGUUUCUCUAUUAGUUUUGGUUUCUGUAUCAGAGAUUUUGAGCAUUGAUCUUAUCUGUAUGAUUGGUCAAAGCAUUGAAACAGUUUUAGCCUGUCUUAAUGGUUAUCAGCACUCAACCGUAUGCCACAUAUGUCUUUUAUAUCGAUCUGUCUUCUUAUGUUUAUCUUAUACUUAGUAUGAUGACCAUAUAAAAAAUAUAAGUUUCUUUGUACAUGCGCACCACGAACUAUGAUUUUGAGUAAUAAUUUAUUUGAGGUUCGUUAGAAAGCAG